GCACCACUUUCCUCUGACGUCCGCCUCCGGAGCUCUGACGAUCGCCCCCGCUGGCCGCCCUUAUAAAGGGGACUUUUCCCAAUACUCGAUCGAUUGCCACCUCGCCCCGCGCGCCCUCCGCCGGCGCCCACACCUGUCAACUCUGAGCUUUCCCAGGUUCUUGGAGACGCCGUGUGGGGAGCCGCCCUGAACGACCGGACCCCCUCCGCACUGCACCCCUAACCCACCCCGCACCCUCCCUUUCUGCACCCUCGCCCCCACACCCCUCACGGUUCCAGGGGGCGGCGGCCCCGGGUGGAGCGCUUUCCCUUGCAGCUACCACUCCAGAAGUCUUAAUGAAGUAGCCAGCUGCAGAAGAAUCAGGAUCAUUAGAUAAAAAUGGCUUUCCAUGUGGAAGGACUGAUAGCUAUCAUCGUGUUCUACCUUCUAAUAUUGCUAGUCGGAAUAUGGGCUGCCUGGAGGACCAAAAACAGUGGCAGCGCAGAAGAGCGCAGUGAAGCCAUCAUAGUUGGAGGCCGAGAUAUUGGUUUGUUGGUUGGUGGAUUUACCAUGACAGCUACCUGGGUCGGAGGAGGGUAUAUCAAUGGCACAGCUGAAGCAGUUUAUGUACCGGAUUAUGGCCUAGCUUGGGCUCAAGCACCAAUUGGAUAUUCUCUUAGUCUGAUUUUAGGUGGUCUGUUCUUUGCAAAACCUAUGCGUUCAAAGGGGUAUGUGACCAUGUUAGACCCGUUUCAGCAAAUCUAUGGAAAACGCAUGGGCGGACUCCUGUUUAUUCCUGCCCUGAUGGGAGAAAUGUUCUGGGCUGCAGCAAUUUUCUCUGCAUUGGGAGCCACCAUCAGCGUGAUCAUCGACGUGGAUGUGCACGCUUCUGUCAUCGUCUCUGCACUCAUUGCCACUCUGUACACCCUGGUGGGCGGGCUCUAUUCUGUGGCCUACACCGAUGUCGUUCAGCUCUUUUGCAUUUUUGUAGGGCUGUGGAUCAGCGUCCCCUUUGCACUGUCACAUCCUGCAGUCGCAGACAUUGGGUUUACUGCUGUGCAUGCCAAAUACCAGAAGCCGUGGCUGGGAACUAUUGACUCAUCUGAAGUAUACACUUGGCUUGAUAGUUUUCUGUUGUUGAUGCUGGGUGGAAUCCCAUGGCAAGCAUACUUCCAGAGGGUCCUCUCUUCAUCCUCAGCCACCUAUGCUCAAGUGCUGUCCUUCCUGGCAGCUUUCGGGUGCCUGGUGAUGGCUCUCCCAGCCAUACUCAUUGGAGCCAUUGGAGCAUCAACAGACUGGAACCAGACUGCAUAUGGGCCUCCAGAUCCCAAGACUAACGAAGAGGCAGACAUGAUUUUACCAAUUGUUCUGCAGUAUCUCUGCCCUGUGUAUAUUUCUUUCUUUGGUCUUGGGGCAGUGUCUGCUGCUGUUAUGUCAUCAGCAGAUUCUUCCAUCUUGUCAGCAAGUUCAAUGUUUGCACGGAACAUCUACCAGCUUUCCUUCAGACAAAAUGCUUCAGACAAGGAAAUCGUUUGGGUCAUGCGAAUCACAGUGUUUGUGUUUGGAGCAUCUGCAACAGCCAUGGCUUUGUUGACAAAGACUGUGUAUGGGCUCUGGUACCUCAGUUCUGACCUUGUUUACAUCAUCAUCUUCCCCCAGCUGCUCUGUGUACUCUUUGUUAAGGGAACCAACACCUAUGGGGCCGUGGCAGGUUAUGUUUCUGGCCUCUUCCUGAGAAUAACUGGAGGGGAGCCAUACCUGUAUCUUCAGCCCUUGAUAUUCUACCCUGGCUAUUACCUGGAUAAUAAUGGCAUAUAUAAUCAGAAAUUUCCAUUUAAAACACUUUCCAUGGUUACUUCAUUCCUAGCCAACAUUUGCAUCUCUUAUCUAGCCAAAUACCUAUUUGAAAGUGGAACCUUGCCACCUAAAUUAGAUGUAUUUGAUGCUGUUGUUGCAAGACACAGUGAAGAAAACAUGGAUAAGACAAUUCUUGUCAAAAAUGAAAAUAUUAAAUUAGAUGAACUUGCACCUGUGAAGCCGCGGCAGAGCAUGACUCUCAGCUCAACUUUCACCAACAAAGAAGCCUUGCUCGAUGUCGAUUCCAGUCCAGAAGGUUCUGGGACUGAAGAUAAUUUACAAUGACCUCAUCUAAAUAAAAUACUGCUUUUGCAAACAAAGCACUAUAAUAGGGUAGUUCUGGAGAGAUGAUUUGCAUAAUACAAAAAUAUCCUAACAAAUAAUGUUCAGGAGGAUAAAAAUUCAUAUUAAGUGCAAUUGCACAAUACAAGCCAAGCUAGCAGGAAGCACCUAUGAAAGCAACAACUUUCUUUCUCAUCCAUAAUAGAGUUGAUUUUGAUGCUAGACAGUUUUGCUAGGUAUAAAAAAUAAACAAAGCCCCACUUAGAGAAAAGAGAGCCAAGCAGAGUAUUUAUAUUUAUUACAAAAAAAGGGAAGUAGAUAUGAAAAAGCCUAAGGAAAAGGAAAUUGGAUAGUUUUGACACAAACUUUGUGUUAAUACACUGAUGAGUCCAGUUUAAUUAUAGCAUUGAAGCUAUGAGAAUAACUUCAGUCACUCCCUUGAAUGGUGCAAUGAAUUAACCAGCUGAUUUUUCUUAGUGUGAUGAUUAAUCCUUUCUUUCAUGUUCUGAGAUAUAACAUUUGCUGAAUAUGCAGUUUGUUAUUCUUUUAGUAAUGGCAUGUAAUAUUCUGAGCACUGGCAAAGCAAACACAAAAAAUAUUGUAUACUGGCAUUUAUUUAUGUGAAAGAUGAUAGGAAGAUAGAACCCACCUUUGUAGAGGAGAACUGGGCUGAUUUGUAUGUUUCCAUAGCUACUAUAUGCAUAAACAAGAGUACCUGAAGGAUUAUUAGCCGAUGUUAAAGCAAUAAGUUCAUUAAGCAGAAAGUAAUAGGAAGAACAGUAUAUUUUUAUCUUCAUCUGAAGCAUAUAAAGUUUUGUCCCAUGAUAAAAUAAGUAAUAUGUAAACUAGUAUGUAAGUUAAUAUUGGAAGUGAAAUUGAGCCUUAUGUAAGGAGAGGUAGCUACACAGCAUCAGUUAUGGUUAAUAAGAGGCACACUGCUAAAUUAACAUAUAUUUUAUUGAAUACUUAUUGUGGGAAGCCCCCACAACACUUUCUGAUAGUAGUAAAAUGAGAAAAAACAAACUCUACUAAUUUUUACAUAUUCAUUGAUAGGAAGGAUUCAGUGUUAAGGGAUCUACUCUUUGGCAUUUUUUCAUAUAAGCCAGUCUUAGAGACUAGACAAAUAAUUACAACAAAAAGUACGUAGUCAAUUUUAAAAUGCAGAAGGAAGCAGAAAAUAAAAUAAGUCCUAAAGGAAAGAAGCCAUUAAAUAUUUGAUGUCUAUAUAACAUUCAUGAGAUUGGUCAUUAAAUAAUGUUUUGCUCCUUUUCUGGUGUUACACACACACACACUCAUACACACACAUGAGUGUGUGGGUGUAAUGGUUUGUGUCCAUUUCAAGUGUUUUCACACCAGUCACACAUUAUAGAAAUAAUUGGAGCCAUGUCUAAAACAGCAGAGUUAAGCGAUGAACUGAAAACUGAUCAGGCAAUCUGAUCCCAUAAAGAAAGUCAGUCUGAAUUAUUGAAACUAAAGAACUUUUUUCAAAAAUAUUUCUUUUUUGCAAGUCAUGAACAAAAUAAACUAAGUGUUCAGCAUUAAGAAUAAAAGUUGUAUCUUGACCCUAGAAUUUCUAAGUUUUAAUUGUGAUUGUUUCAAAGCAUCAAGUAAUACAUCUUUAUCAUUAAACAUGAAUUUAAUGUCUAAGAUCAUUUUUAAAAGAUAAUUUUUAUUUUAAAAUCAUUUUAAAAUUAAAUAAUUUUACAUGUUGUCUCAUAUUUUCAGUGCUUUUUCAAAAUUUAAUGGCAAAUAUUACACUGCAUUCAAAAUAUUCACUGAAUACCAUAUAUAUCUAAAUGAAAAGAGAAUUACUUUUACUCAUCUAUUUUCUCAAAAUAUAUUCAGUACACUAUGGAGUACAUGGAAGGAGCGUAUUUUUGGAACCAGUAAGUAUGGGAGUGCAUGAUUCUCAGAUAUUAAUUGAGAAAAGAGAAAUGGGCAGGAAAUUCAUUAAAGAAAAACUGCAGAGAUUAAAACAUUUAACACCUAAAAGUAAUUAAUAGCUGGAGGGAGACCACGAUUCCCAGCAAACAUAUUCCAGAUGCACCAUGCUCCUCAGCAUGCUAUCUGAACACUGACUUUUAUCCAUCCUGUCACCCUGAGCAUCUGUCUCAACCUGCUAAGGCACAGGCUUCCACCAUGUGCAUCAGGAAACACCUCACUCAUAAUGUCACAGAAUGCAACAGGGAGGCAUAGACUCUCUACAGGUAUCUUUACAUUGUACCAUUCUGUUGGGCAACAAUUGUCCCAUCAGCCACAUUUAAGUCCAGUGGGGGAAAAAAAGAUUAACAGUAAAAAUGUUUUCCAUUUAACUCAAUUUCUAACAAUAGACAGACACGGGGGCAAAUGUUUGCCCUGUUCAAAAUAUUGAAACUAGAUAAUUUCAAUAAUUUCAGCCUAUGAAUAAUAUUAUAUUGUUUAGAACCCAUUAUUCCUCACCUACUUUCGAAGUAGAUAUAUAAAAACUAAUUUUUUGUUAAUCCCCUAAUGUGCUAAAUAUUAGCAAGAUGAUUUUUAAGUACAAAAAAAUUUAAAGAACACAAGAAAGGAAACAACAAUCACAAAAGAUCUUCACUUAACAUAUGUGUGCAUAAAUUUCCCCCCAAUUUCCAAGAUAGUUAUAUCACAAGGCUGGGAAAUAAUGUGGAAGAGUAAACUUUGUACCCAUCAUUUGCUCUGUUUUGACAUAAUGAGUAAUGCAGACAUUUAUGUAUUCUUCCAGCUUCAGUCAAUAGACUUGAUUUUCAAAAUCUGCCCUCAAAUGAAACUAAAAUAAACAAAACAUUUAGACACUGGCUAUAUUAACUUUAGAAGGCAAUAUAUGUGGAUAAAACGUAGAAUAAAACAUAUAUUUUAUUUUCAUACUUUUGAUAUGAUUGUUACAUAUUUCUUGGGUAAUUUAAAUACUUCUCUUUCCCACACAUAUUCAAAACAGCAAGCUUGUAGCUGGACUGCAACAACAACAACAAAUUGUUUCACGCAGUAUCAAAGUACAAAUUCAUUGCUACACCUACAAGUAAUGAAUUUUAUGUGAAUAUGAAAUGAAUAUAUGCUUGAAAUAAGUGAAUCUAAUAUAAUGGCUAUUCCUCUUUUUAUUUGGAAAUAAUUAGCAUUAUAUUUUAACAUAAAUUAUGAUUUUUUUCUGUUUUAGCCUUCAUGUAAAUUUACACUGGUAUGAUGUACAACUCAUUGUAAGUUUGCCACUUGAUAGAUGCAUAUAAUAAUUCCAGAACAUAUAUUUUUGUCUGUCAAAAUAUUAUAUAAAUUUAUGCUUAAAAUAGUAGAUUUACAACUGUGUAAAUGUUUUAAAUGUAAUGAUAUUAAAUUGUACUGGUCAAUUUAGGA